ACAAAAUGGUCAUAAACAACAACCAAUUCUUCUUCUGCCACCAGUUAUAAUUCAGUGCUCCCUACAAGCUCAGAGCAAUGCAAAGCCAAAGCCAAAGCCAAAAUCUAAAUCUGGGAAACCUGGAAAUUCAGAACCAGAAAAGCCUACAAAGAAAGAUCAUGGGGCCGAAUCUCCAAAGAAACCAGAAGCUAUCACACAACCUCGUGCUAAUUUUCUAUUGAUGGCACUGGAUUGGUUAAAGAACAAUGUAGUCAUCUCUGACGAUACUAUGAAGAAGACCUGGAAUACGUUUACCGAUAUUCUUAAGGAAGAUAAAAUAAUGCAAAAUGACAACUGGCAACAACAACUAAUAUUUCUUAUUUCGCAGAAUGCUCACCUUACUGAUUUUGUUCACAAUCUAAACAAGAUGCUACAUAUCUACCCUUGGUUGUUCAAUGGAUUAGCAAUGAACCUACCUAACUACACAGUUGAACAUUUCAAGCACUGGUUACAUAUGUCUACAUCACAACUACCCUACCUGGGUUACCAGCCAGGACAUGGAUUGCAGCACCCUUACCACCCUGGAGUAUACAACCAAAUGUACCAGAUGCCACACAACUACAAAAUGUCUCCACAUCUCUUCCACCAGAGUACCCAUCACUUGAAUCCAGGAAUGACCAACAGUGGCUUCUCCAACAUCAACGGCUGCCCAGUGGUCAAUGUGACCUUUAACCUCCAAAUCAAUAGCAAAGGUCACUGUUGGACCUCAGUAACAGCCCCACAGCAAAGUCUAAAGAAUUUCUUCAUUUUGGCCGCUUACCAAAACAAAUGCUUCAAGUAAGUGAAUGUUGUUGUUGUU